AUGGUAUCGGCGGGCCUCGCCCUUGGGGGCCUGGAGCGGAUGUCCGAGUUCGCCAUGGGGACGAAACGACGCCCCCCCCCCCCCCAAAAAAACCCCCCCCCCGUCGGUCAGCGGAAGUGUCGAGGUGGAGUACGGGAGACCGGAAGUGGGUCGGCGUGGGGGCGGGGCGCUGCCGGACUUCCUGUGCGGCCUGCACUACCUGCACUUCGCCGCCUCCUCUUCGUGGCCACGUGCGCCAUCGCCGUCGCUGUCUCCCUCUGCCACUCCCCCAUCCCGCGGCGACACCUGCACCGUUUGGUGUUCAGCCUCCGGCACAGCCGUGAACCCCGAGAUGACCUCGAUAGGGACAGCAGCAGAGAUGGAGAUGUGCAGUUAUGGGGGGUUGAAGUGAAGCCGAGCAGCCAAGGGGCGGAGCCAACCAGCGAGGGGGAGGAGCAACAUGUCGAGGGGGCGGAGCCAAGCACCAAAGGGGCGGAGCCAAGAACUCAAGGGGUGGAGCCUCGUGCACAAGGGGCGGAGCCAAGCAACCAAGGGGCGGAGCAAGGAAGCCAAUGGGAGGAGCCACAUCGCCAGGGGGCGGGGCCUCCCAGCCAAGGGGCGGGGCUUGAUGACCAAGGGGGCGUGGCCGAGCCUUUGGCCCCGCCCCCUGAAGACCAUCUAUGGGUCCGGGUGGUCAACAUCAAUGCCAUCAUCAUGAUGGCGGUCGCCAUCUUCCUUUGGGGGUAUUUUGCCUGAUUGGCCCCCCGAAAUCCCCCAAAUUUGACCCAAAAUGGCCCCAGAUUGCCAUACACGCUUCACAGCAUCAGAUCUAUCCAUUAUUCGCCCCCAAAAUGGCCCCAAAGUGCGCCAAAAUGGCCCCAACCGACCCCAAAUGACCCCAUAAUGACCCCAGAUGGCCCAAAUUGCCAUCAACCCUACAGAACAUCGAAUCUAUCCCAUAAUAUCCCCCGUUAUUCUCCCCGAAAAUGACUCAAAAUGGCCCAAUGGUGACCUCAAAAAUGAUGGGAAUGUCACAAAAGUGCCCCAGAAUGGCCCCAAAUGAUCCCCAAAAUGGCUUCAAAUUCCCAUAAAUCCUCCAGAACGUCA